GGGGUCCGUGGGGUGCUGGGGGGACUGAGUGGGGCAGGGCUCAGCCCCUGUGGUCCCUGGGGGCUUCCCCGGCGGGAGGCAGGAGCAGGGCACGGCGUGCUCCCGAGGGGCGCAGCCCCGCGUGGGGCUCCGCUCCCCGUCCCGGGGGUCCGGGGACAUGGUGGUCCUGCGGGCCGGCCUCUGCCCCGGCCUCACCGAAGAGAUGAUCCAGGUCCUCCGGGCAAACAGCGUCAGGACGGUGGUGGACUUUGUGUCGUCAGACCUGGAGGAUGUCUCCCAGAAGUGCUCCCUGUCCUACAAGGCGCUGGUUGCAGUGAGACGUGUGCUGCUGGCCCAGUUCUCGGCCUUCCCUGCCAAUGGGGCAGACCUCUACGAGGAGCUCAAGAGCUCCACGGCCAUCCUGUCCACCGGGAGCCCCAGCCUGGACCAGCUGCUGGAUUCGGGGCUGUACACGGGGGAAGUGACGGAGCUGAUGGGCGCGCCGGGCAGCGGGAAGACGCAGGUGUGCCUCAGCAUCACGGCCAGUGUGUCCCUCGGCCUCAAGCAGCACGUCCUGUUCCUGGACUCCACGGGGGGGUUCACCGCCUCCCGCCUCUACCAGAUGCUUCAGGCCCAGGCAGAGGAUGAGGAAGAGCAGGCUGUCGGUGACACUGCUUUGUCACAGCUGGAGGCUCUGCAGCGGAUCCAGGUGGCCCGCGUGUUCGACGUCUAUGAAAUGCUGAGUGCCCUGCAGGAGGUGCGGGACCGCCUCUCCCAGCAGGCGGUGAGCUGCACGGGACCUCUCAAGACGGUGGUGAUCGACUCGGUCUCAGCUGUGAUCCACCCGCUGCUGGGCGGCAGGCAGUCAGAAGGCUUGGCCAUCAUGAUGCAGCUGGCCAGGGAGCUGAAGAUGCUGGCCAAGGAGUUCAGCCUUGCGGUGGUGGUGACUAACCAGGUGACAAGGGACAGCAGCACCGGCCUGCUGAAGCCAGCCCUUGGCCGAUCCUGGAGUUUUGUGCCCAGCACCCGGGUACUGCUGGAGAGCAAAGGAGCCGCCUGGGAGGAGGCCACCACGCGGCGCAGCGCUUCCUUGGCAAAGUCACCACGGCAGCCGACAGGGAUGCAGGUGGAGCUGGAUAUUGGAAACAGUGACGUGCAGGAGUCGAGCCCAGCAACACCCACAGAGGGGCUCUGAUGUGGACGGAAAAGCAAAUGUCAUGGUCCAGGAGAGCUGCAAAAAAAAACAUACAAAUGUUGAAUGUUUUACAUUCAGCCCAUCUGAGUCCUGCAGCCCCAGGAAGGACCAACACCAAGCAGCUUCUGUUCUGCACCUGGGAGAAAAUGUGCGUGGGGUUCUCUGGAGACCUUGCUCAGCACAUACAGGCUGCGGUGGCUGGGCCUUGUGGGCAGCACGGCAAACGGGUCCCCUCCUCUGCAGGUUUUGUCUGCAGCCAGCAGAGCUGCCCUGUCCUCAGCUACUGGCUUGGGACCAGCUGGCAUGUCCCUGUGCCAACCUGCGGCUUGUCACAGCAGCUUCAUUCCCCCAUCACUUGCUGUUCUCUGGUCCUGGAGCUCUUCCUCGGGCAGCCCAUGGUGGUUUUGGUUGAGAAAUUAAAAAAGGUGUUGCACGCUGCUGUGGUA